GCUAGCUUAGCGCUCACCCCGCACCGCCUCCUCCUCUUCUUCCUCCUCCUCCUCCUCAGAGGAGAGCAGCUUGGUCAGAGUGACGGCGUCGGAUGAUUCUGCGGCACGAAAACCUUUAUAAAAGCAUCCCCCCCCCCAAAAAAAAAGCAAAACACUUCCGAAAAAAAGCAGCGGAGGGAAGCAGCUCGGAAGCCCGCUGCACUCGGGGGAUGACAUCCGCGCGCCAUGGACUACAAUAGCGAGGAGGCUUAGCGCGAACGGAGGACGGUCGGCGGACGAUUCGAGCAAAACUGGGCUCGGGUUUUUUUUUUUUUUUUUUUUUUUUUUUGGUGGAACAUCUGUAGAGCAUAAUGUGGCCGUCGGCUGUCGUCCCUCCGAGGUCGAGUUAAGACGCGCUAUUUUACAGCUUUCCACGCUCCCACUUUCUCGGCUAAAAAAAAAAUCGAGCUAAUUCUUCACCUCCCGGGGAGCAUUGAAGUCAUCUGCGAGGGGGGGAAACGAGACUUAAUCGUCUCCGUAGCGACGAGGAAAAUCCGCUUUCUCACCCCCCCCACCCCCCUUCUCUGUCGGACUCGCCCUGCUUUUCUCCCCCCACCCGGACACCCCCCCACCCCUCGCUCCACGACCCGCGUUUUACAUGCUGUGUUCCCCCUGAAGUUCUCGCUCCUCAAAUUCCCCACCACCCCGACCGCCGAGGAUGCCGGAUCAGAUAUCUGUGUCCGAGUUCCUCUCGGAGACCACCGAGGAUUACAAUUCGCCCACCACGUCCAGCUUCACCACCCGGCUGCAGAGCUGCAGGAACACCGUCAACGUUCUAGAAGAGGCGUUAGACCAGGACCGCACUUCCCUGCAGAAGGUGAAGAAAUCCGUCAAGGCCAUCUACAAUUCAGGACAAGACCAUGUCCAAAAUGAAGAAAACUACGCCCAGGCUUUGGACAAAUUCGGCAGCAACUUCAUCAGCCGGGACAAUCCGGACCUUGGCACGGCUUUUGUCAAAUUCUCCUCGCUCACCAAGGAGCUGUCGGCACUCCUGAAGAACCUGCUCCAGAGCCUGAGCCACAACGUGAUCUUCACCCUGGACUCGCUGCUCAAGGGAGACUUGAAGGGCGUGAAAGGGGACAUAAAGAAGCCCUUUGACAAGGCGUGGAAGGACUACGAGGCCAAGUUCACCAAAAUCGAGAAGGAGAAACGGGAGCACGCCAAGCAGCACGGGAUGAUCCGCACUGAGAUCACCGGGGCCGAGAUCGCUGAGGAGAUGGAAAAGGAGCGUCGUCUCUUCCAGCUCCAGAUGUGCGAGUACCUCAUCAAAGUGAACGAGAUCAAGACCAAAAAAGGGGUGGACCUCCUCCAGAACCUGAUUAAGUACUACCACGCGCAGUGCAAUUUCUUCCAGGACGGCUUGAAGACGGCGGACAAGCUGAAGCAGUACAUCGAGAAGCUGGCGGCCGACCUCUAUAAUAUCAAACAAACCCAGGAUGAGGAGAAGAAGCAGCUGACCGCCUUGCGUGACCUCAUCAAGUCCUCCCUCCAGCUGGACCAGAAGGAGGACUCGCAGAGUAAGCAAGGCGGCUACAGCAUGCACCAGCUUCAGGGCAACAAGGAGUUCGGCAGCGAGAAGAAAGGCUACCUGCUGAAGAAAAGCGACGGGCUGAGGAAGGUGUGGCAGCGACGGCAGUGCUCGGUGAAGGGGGGCAUCCUCACCAUCUCCCACGCCACAUCCAACAGGCAGCCGGUGAAGCUCAACCUCCUGACCUGCCAGGUCAAACCCAGCGCCGAGGACCGGAAGUGUUUCGAUCUCAUCUCCCAUAACCGGACGUACCAUUUCCAAGCCGAGGAUGAGCAGGAGUUUGUCAUCUGGAUCUCCGUGCUGACCAACAGCAAAGAGGAAGCCCUGAACAUGGCGUUCCGCGGCGAGCAGACCAGCGCCGGCGAGGACGGCCUGGAGGACCUGACCAAAGCCAUCAUCGAGGACGUGCUGCGCAUGCCGGGCAACGAGCUGUGCUGCGACUGCGGUGCGGCAGAUCCAAAAUGGCUGUCCACCAACCUGGGCAUCCUGACCUGCAUCGAGUGCUCCGGCAUCCACCGCGAGAUGGGGGUGCACAUCUCCCGCAUCCAGUCCAUGGAGCUCGACAAACUGGGGACGUCAGAACUCUUGCUGGCCAAGAACGUCGGGAACAGUAGUUUCAAUGAGAUCAUGGAGGGCAACCUGCCUUCCCCUUCACCCAAGCCCACCCCGUCCAGCGACAUGACGGUGAGGAAGGAGUUCAUCAACGCCAAGUACGUGGACCACAAGUACGCCAGGAAGACGUGCUCGUCGGCGGCGGCCAAGAUGAUCGAGCUGUACGAGGCGGUGCAGUCCCGGGACCUGCUGGCCCUCAUCCAGGUCUACGCCGAGGGGGUGGAGCUCAUGGAGCCGCUGCCCGAGGCGGGGCCGGAGGCGGGAGAGACGGCGCUGCACUACUCGGUCCGGACCGCCGACCAGACCUCGCUCCACCUGGUGGACUUCCUGGUGCAAAACAGCGGUAAUCUGGACAAGCAGACGGAGUGGGGCAACACGGCGCUGCAUUACUGCUGCAUGUACGAGAAGCCCGAGUGCCUCAAGUUGCUCCUCAGGGGGAAACCGGCCACCGACAUCACCAAUCAGAACGGGGAGACGGCGCUGGAAGUUGCCAGGCGACUGAGGAACGCUCCGUGCGAGGAGGCGUUGGUGCAGGCCGCCGAGGGCAAAUUCAACCCCCACAUCCACGUGGAGUACGAGUGGAGCCUCCGACUGGAGGAGAUGGACGAGAGCGACGACGACCUGGACGACAAGCCGAGCCCCAUCAAGAAAGACCGCUCGCCGCGCCCGCAGAGCUUCUGCCACUCGUCCAGCCUGUCGCCGCACGACAAGCUCUCGCUGCCGGGCUUCAUCAGCCAGCGCGACAAGCAGCAGCGUCUGUCCUACAGCGCCUUCACCAACCAGAUGUACAGCGCCUCCACCGACCUGUCGUCCUCGCCCGUGGCCGACGGCCCGCCGCUGCCGCCCAGGAACCAGGGAAAAGCUCCUCCGCCCCCGUGCAGCCCCACCUCUCCACUCACGGCGGGAGGCAGCGCCACCCUGUCCAAGAAGAGGCCGCCGCCCCCGCCGCCCGGCCACAAACGAACCCUGUCCGACCCGCCCGGCCCGCUCUGCCACGGCAGGGGGGGCGUGUCCGGCGGGGGUGAGACGCAAGCACACGGAAGCGACUCCACGCCCCCUCCCGUCAACAAGAUGUCGCCCGUCUCCAACAAGUUCGAAGGCAUUCCUCAGCAGCAAAGUACGACUUCAAGCAACACAAAGUCCACACUUGGUCCAAGGGUUCUUCCCAAACUACCUCAGAAAGUGGCGCUGCGCAAGAUCGACACCAUCCACCACCCCUCCGUGGACAAAACCAGCCUCCCGCCAGAGGUCUUCCAGAAGUCCCCGCCGGGCACGGACGCCCCGCAGAAGGGGCCGGCCCCGGAGAGGCCCCAGCCGGGCGAGCUGCCGCCCAAGCCGCAGCCGUCCGAGCUGCCGCCCAAGCCCGGGGAACUCCCGCCCAAGCCGCAGCUCUCGGACCUCCCGCCCAAACCGCAGCUGGGCGACCUCCCGCCCAAGCCGCAACUCAAAGACCUGCCGCCCAAGCCCCACCUGGCCGACAUGCCGCCCAAGCCGGGGGCGGGGGAGGCGGCCCCGCGGCCGCCGGGGGACGCGCUCGCCAGGCCUCAGACGCAGCCGCCCCCGCCCCCGCCGCAGCCGCAACCUCCGGACUCGCCGUCGCCCAGUCAGCCGGCCCCGCCGCCGCCGCUGCAGCAGCAGACCGCCGAGGACGCCAACGGGACGCCGUCCGGGACCUCGGAGACCCCCGUGCCCCUCCCAAGGAAGAUCAAUGCGGGCAAGAGCAAGGCCCGGCGCGUGAAGACCAUCUACGACUGCCAGGCCGACAACGACGACGAGCUGACGUUCGUGGAGGGCGAGGUGAUCGUGGUGACGGGCGAGGAAGACCAGGAGUGGUGGAUCGGUCACAUCGAGGGCGAGCCGGAGCGGAAGGGCGUCUUCCCCAUGUCCUUCGUGCACAUCCUCAGCGACUGACGGCUCGCCGGGAGCAAACCUUUGCACUACGCCUCCGUGUACAUAAGCGACGACGGAAGAAGCCGCUCAAAGUAAAAAAAAAAAAAAAAAAUGGGGAAAGGCUCAUCCGUGCUGUACAAAGUGUGCGUACC